AUGGCUAUUGUAAAUUGUGAUCCAAUACACCCAGAAGCUGCAGAGUUCCAUGGCCUUCCUAAAACGGUGGAACUGGAAGAAAGUACAAAACCAAAUUCAAUUGUGGCUACCUUCUCUGUCAGUUGUACAAGCUCAAGCUAUGUACCUGUGACAUCACUAAGGACCAUCACCCCGAUGUCCUCUUUUUUCAACUUUUUAAACAUCUUAUCCCCCGGCAACUAUCAGGUGAGCCUUAGUCCCAGUGCUGCUCUAGAUGCUAGACUGGUGAAUCUGUAUGCCUUAACGUUCACUGCACAUUGUGCAAGAAAUCGAACAGAUGCUCAACUCUUUGUUCGAGUUAUUGAAGCAAACAGAUCAAUGUGCAUUGGAGGAUAUACUGACAUAGGACGGUUCCCUAUACAAGUCUCAGAGGAUGUUCCACCUGGAGAAAUACUCUACAGAACUGUCUUGAAGAGGCGGGGCACAGGCAACUUGACCUUCGCCAUUGAGAAUGCUUCCUUGCCUUUUGUCAUAACUCCAGGAGGAGUCCUGCAGACACCCGCCACAGGUUUCACUCAUGAGCAAGCUGGCAAGAUAUUCUCACUAACAAUUGUGGUCAAGGAUGAUGGUGUGACAAGUUGCCAAGUGCCUCUGUUUAUCCAGGUGAAUCCUGUUCACCAUAACAAAGUCAAUUUCACGGAAUCAUCAAUUGCAUGUUCAAUACCGGAAAAUGUACCACCCUUGAGCAAGGUCAUACAAGUCCGAGCCAAUGGGGAUUACGUGCUCUACCAGAUCAUCUCCCCAGGCACAAACUAUUUCACCAUUGAACCAGGCACAGGCAUCAUCAAGACCACAUAUUACUUAGAUCUGGAACACAAUCCAAGCUUAGCCCGAACCCAGCUGGUGGUAAAAGCCUACAAUAUGUUCAGUCAUACCGAUCAUGCCAGCAUCAUUGUCAACAUUACUGUGAAGCGGGAGAACUUGAAAAGACCCCUGUGUUCUCCUGCUGUGUUUGUAACUGAGAUUCCAGAGACUGUUCCCGUUGGGAGGAUCAUGUUCUCUCUGUCUUGCUAUGAUCCAGACAACAUCAAUAGUAGUUUGAAGUAUAAUAUAGUCCACCAGAGCCCACCCUAUGGCUUCAGAAUGGAUGGCCCAAAUCUGCAGGUGAACAGCAGUUUGGACUGUGACUCAGAAAUUAUGGCCACUCUUAAAUUUCAGUACCAAGCCACCAUUCUGGUGAUGGAUGAAGGAAGUCCUGCACAAAACACUACUGUACCUGUCCUGGUGACAGUAAGACAAGUGAAUGAGUUCCCCCCAGCAUGCUCACAACGGGUAUUCAGUGUGCCAGAGAAUACUGAGUAUGGCUACAGCAUUGGCAACGUCAAUGGCACUGACCGAGACUAUCCAUUCAACAAUAUUGAAUACAGCAUAAUGGAUGCAGAUGCUGAAAAGUUCUACAUUAAUAGCCAUACAGGUCAGCUGCAUGUACUUUUGCCCCUGGAUUAUGAAAAUCAGAGCGUACAUCGUCUGUCCGUCAUUCUAAAAGACCUGGAGAAUGAAGCCGCUCCCGCCAUUCAAAAGACAGCAACGUGUAAUGUCACAAUUUAUGUGCAGGAUGUGAAUGAUCAUCCUCCUGAGUGUGAAGAACCAUUUUUGCUGCGUUCCAUAUAUUCCACCCAAGCCAGAACUAUGAGCGUCACAGAGAUCAAUUGUAAAGAUACAGAGAGGGGAACCAAACUGACCUACAGCAUUGUUGAUGGCAAUGUAAAUGGGCGUUUUCGCAUGGAAGGAAAAUGGCUUUUCCCUAACACCUUUUCCUACAAUCGCAAUGGUAUAUAUGAUCCUCUUGUUUUUGUGCUUCUGGUACAAGUAACAGACAGCGAUAGCUUACCUCGCUUCAGCACUACAGCCACAGUUGUUGUUUAUGUGACCCCCUGGACCACAACAGUGCCUACUACCACCACAGCUACUACGACAGUCACCAAGAAGCCCACUGUUUUGCACAGAACUGUGCCGUACUGGGCACCAGAUCCAUGGUUUGUGGUGGUUCUUACACUAACUGGAAUUCUCUUAUUUUCUGCCUUGGGUUUGCUGUUUUGGAAACUCUGCUGGAGAAAGGCACCAGGAGGGAUAUCUCAGCCUCUACUGCAGGACAAGAGCAAAGAACUGGGAAAAAAUUACAAGGUGACAGAAGAAGCAAGUAAGGAGACAGGGAAGGAUUCUGCUGAGUUACAGAGUCUGCAAUACCAGUUUGAUGGCCGGGCUCAAGACCCUGUCUCUGGCCAAUAUUACCUGUUUGACAGCAGCACUGGAGCACGGCGCUGGGUGUGA